AUGAGCUCUGGAAACUGGACUCAGGUAACAGGAUUUGUCCUACUGGGCUUUCCCAGUAACCACAUCCUGCAGAUGCUUUUGUUUCUGGGGUUGAUGGUGACAUACAUUGUAACAGUCACAGGCAACCUGCUAAUCAUAGUGCUCAGCUGGAUGGACCACCGCCUGCACACACAGAUGUACUUCUUCCUGAGGAACCUAUCCUUCCUGGAGCUGCUGCUGGUGUCUGUUGUGGUUCCCAAGAUGCUUGACAUCAUCCUCACAGGGGAUCACACCAUCUCAUUUGCCAGCUGCAUGAUCCAGUCCUAUCUCUACUUCCUCCUAGGCACUACCGACUUCUUCCUCUUAGCAGUCAUGUCUCUGGAUCGCUACUUGGCAAUCUGCCGACCUCUCCACUAUGAGACUCUGAUGAGUGGUUAUGUCUGUUCCCAGUUGGUGCUGGCUUCCUGGUUAGCUGGGUUCCUCUGGGUACUUUGCCCCACCAUCCUCAUGGUCAGCCUCCCUUUCUGUGGCCCCAACAGGAUUGACCACUUUUUCUGUGACAGUUGGCCCUUGCUGAGGCUCUCUUGUGGGGACACCUCCCUGCUGGAGCUGAUGGCUUUCCUGCUCUCUUCAUUGGUGUUACUGGGCUCUCUGACCUUGACUUCAGUUUCCUAUGCCUUUAUCCUUGCCACUGUCCUCAGGGCCCCCACAGCUGCCGAGAAAAGAAAAGCAUUCUCCACCUGUGCCUCACACCUUACGGUGGUGGUUAUCUUCUAUGGCAGUUCCAUCUUUCUCUACAUCCGUUUGUCAGAGGCUCAGUCCAUGCUGCUCAACAAAGGUGUCUCUGUCCUGAAUUGUAUCAUCACACCUCUCCUGAACCCAUUUAUCUUCAGCCUCCGCAAUGACAAGGUGAAGCAGGUGCUGAGAGAUGCCCUGAGGUGGCACUGGUCCACUGUUUCCAGGAAACUAUGUGGGUCACAAGUAAAAGGAAAUAUCCCUAUUAAAUUGGGAAAUUAA